AUGUCAAGUUUUUCCAGAUCGGCUCAGCAAUGGGCCACCUUCGCCCGUUCGUGGUUCCUCAUCGAUGCCAGGAUGCAGCCGCCCGGCAAGAUCGCGACCAUGUGUUCAGUCAGACUGCAGGGGAAACACAAGCCGAUCUAUCAUGCUCUCAGUGACUGUGGGGAUCAUGUAGUGGUAAUAAACAGCAAACACAUUGCUUUCUCUGGGAACAAAUGGGAGCAGAAAGUCUACUCGUCACACACUGGGUAUCCGGGAGGAUUCAAGCAAGUCACAGCUGCUCAGCUUCAUCACAAGGACCCAAAAGCUAUUGUGCGGUUAGCAGUUUAUGGGAUGCUUCCUCGAAAUUUGCAGCGACGCACAAUGAUGCAACGAUUGCACAUCUUCCCAGAGGAUGAGUUGCCAGAUGACAUUCGGGCCAAUCUGACAGAGGAGCUUCCUCAGCCCAGAGAAAUUCCCAGGAAGCUCAGCGAGUACACCCAGGAGGAGAUGGACGCCUUCCCCAGGCUGUGGAUCCCACCUGAAGACUACAAGAUGAAAUGAAAUCAAAGUUCCCUGAAGCAACUAAAGCUGGAUUUAUUUAAUAUUAAACAUAGAAAGCAGCAGGCUUUAACCAUUAAAUUGUUUUCAUAAAAAAAUCUGACUUCACCCUGUUGUGUAAAUUUACAGAAAAGCUUUCUUUCUUUUCCAAAAACUUGCAUCAAAGUCUGCCUGGACUCCCACCAAUAAGCCGCAUCUUCCAUGCCAGCAGUAACAACCCGGCCCCCGUCGCUCUGUUUCUGUAGGGCCGCUCACAAAAGCUCCACCAGAGCGGUAUUAGCCAUGACGGAACCACAGCAGAGACGAUUUAUCCAGGAGCAGCUUGAGAUUUCUCUGCGCCGCGUGGAUCCGAUCAGAGAAAAUCCAAUUCUGUGGGAUCUGCUCUGACUAUGCUGCCAUGAAUCGAUCAGGCCUGAAACGUGACUCUGUUAGAGCAAGGUUUUGCUUUCUGGAGGUUUCACACCAAAAACUAUUAUCUUGUUACAGUAACGAGAUCAACAUGCUACAAAAUGUUUUUCUGCUGUCUGAGUGCUGUUCAAGUGAACUGUAAAAAGAGACCAAUAAACCAUUUGUUCUUAA